AUGGCACCCGGACGGAGGGGCGGCAGAGACGCCGACGCGGCGGCAGAGGAGGGCUUGCGUGUCCUGCGCUCGGCGUUCGACGGCAUCGAUCUCGACGCCAACAGCUACGUCGACGUCGACGAGCUCCGGGUCUGCCUCAUCCGCCAGUCCUUCAGCGCAAUGGACGCCAACAAGGACGGCAAGAUCUCCUUUUCGGAGUUUGUCGCCUACACCAGCAGGCAGGAGGAGCUGCUCCGCCGCAUGUUCGACGAGAUCGACACGAGCAGAACCGGCAAGGUGACGGCCGCGGAGCUUCGCGCGGCGCUGCACCGGAUGAGUAUCCGUGUCGACGACCGACGCCUCCGCAGGAUGGUGCAGCAGAUGGCGCACGGCGCCGGCUCGGGCGACGUGGAUGCAGACCCAGAGGUAGAUUUUCUCGCGUUCCGCCAGUUCUGCCUGCUGCUGCCCGCGCGCAAUGUGCGCGCGCUCUUCGAAUACUUUCACCACUCCUCUGCCAUCGACGUUGGCGAGGGGUCCGCGAUUCCGCCCGACGAGAAGGACGCCGUCUCAGAGCCAGUGUGGGUCUCUCUCGCGGCGGGCGCCAUCGCCGGCGCCGUCUCGCGCACGGCGACGGCGCCGAUCGACCGCAUCAAGACGAUGAUGCAGAUCGAUGCGUCGAGGGGUGCACCGCUCGUGGCGCGCUCCAUCCUCGCCUCGGACGGAGCGCUCGGCUUCUGGCGCGGCAACUUUGCGAAUGUGCUAAAGAUUGCGCCAGAGUCGGGCGUCAAGUUCCUCGCCUACGGACUGCUCAAGGCGCGCUUCUGCGAGGACGCCUCGUCGCCGACCACGCUGGAGCGCUUCGUCUCUGGCGGCAUCGCGGGCGCCAUCGCCCAAGCGGUCAUCUACCCGCUGGAGACGGUCAAGACGCGCAUGGCGCUCUCGACGGGCGGCUCCGAGUACAGCAGCGUGGCGAACACCGUGCGGAGAGUGCUGCAACACGAGGGCUGGAGAGGGCUGUUUGGUGGGCUCGGCGCCUCAAUCGCCGGCAUCAUCCCCUACGCGGGUACGGACAUGAUGGUGUAUCAGACGCUAAAGGACCAGUACGCCGACCGCAACCCGGGCGCCGACCCCGGCCCACUGGUCUUCCUGGGGUGCGGCGCCGUCUCGUCGGUCUGCGGCCAGGUGGUUGCCUACCCGCUGCAGCUGAUCCGCACCCGGCUGCAGGCACGCACCAGGGUGUCGGGCGGGCGGGGGGCGCAGGGCAUGUCGGGCAUGCCCCAGUACACCGGCGCCCUCGAUUGCUUGCGCCAGACGGUCGCGGCGGGCGGUGCGAUCCCUUCAGUGGCGAUCUCGUACGCCACCUACGAGGAGGCGCGGAAGGCGCUGGUCGCGCGCUCGAGAGAAUGA